AUGUCGCGGGCAAUUCAGCUCAAGGAGGAAGGCAAUCGCCACUUCCAAAAAGGCGAUUAUCUCGGCGCCGAGAGCUUCUACUCGCAAGCCAUCAUCGAAGACCCCAAGAACCCCGCCCUCUAUACCAACCGCGCCAUGGCCCGCCUCAAGCUCGCCCUCUGGGACUCCGUCCUCACCGACUGCCAGUCCGUCCUGGCGCUGCCCAGCACCGCCCCCGCCACCGUCCUCAAGGCCCACUACUACCUGUGCCAGGCGCAGCUCGCCCUGCGCGACGCCGAGGCGGCGCUCGCGUCGGGCCUCGCCGCGCACGCCCUCUGCGCCGCCAGCAACGACAAGUCCCUGCCCGCCGUCACCGCCGCCGUGCUGCAGGCCAAAAAGGCCCGUUGGGAGCAGCGCGAGAAGCGGCGCGUCCGCGAGGAGCAGGACCUCGAGAGGACUAUGCUGCGGCUGCUCGAGGCGGAGCGCGCGGCCGACGUCGCGGCCGCGGCCGACGACGAGAGCGAGCGGCAGAUUGUGGACGAGGAUGCGCGCGCGAAAGAGGACCGCCUGAGGACCGUGUUUGAGCGCUCGCGGCUGCUCGGCGGGGAUGGGACGCGCGAGGUGCCCGACUGGGCGAUUGACGAUAUUUCCUUUGGCUUCAUGGUUGAUCCCGUCGUGACGAAAACCGGGAAAUCGUACGAGCGCGCGUCCAUCAUGGAGCACCUCCGACGGUACCCCUGCGAUCCGUUGACCAGAGAACCGCUCGCCGCGGCGGACCUGCGGCCGAAUAUGGCUCUGCGGCAGGCCUGCGAAGAGUUUCUCAAGGACAACGGCUGGGCCGCCGACUGGUAG